GUUGACGUUGUGUGAAUGUAGUUUGCACAUCGGAGAGAGCGAGAGUCCAGGGCUGCCUGUAGUUUUAUUAAUAUUACCGACUUUCCUGAUCAAGAUCAUCGUCUGACUUGGGAAAAUAUGGCUGCUAGGGAGCGUACCAAUGUGAUCCUGGGGCACCUCAAGCCUCAGUUUGACUCAAGCAAAGACAAAACUACAGCGCUAAGUAGUGACUUCGCGUGCCGGUCUGGGAGUGGCGCAAGCAGCAAUUGUGAUACGGGGAAACGAGGCGAUGAGACGGUUACAACUCAAGGUCCCAUACAGCUAAAUGAAUGCAGUGCCAGCUCGGUACAAGAGAAGAGAGUUCGCAUUCCCAAACGAAGGCAGGAGGUAUUAAAGUGGAAUGGAUGGGGUUAUAGAGAUUCAAAGUUUGAGAUUGACGACGCCAGUAACUUCUCUUUCACUGGAAGCAGGUACAAAAUUGCUGGUGAAUUGCCGCACUUUAAAGCAUGGAUAGAAUCAAUAGAGGGAAUAAAUAUCGACAUGAAAGUAGAUCCACAGGAAGAAAUACGUCCAGAGAACAUACCUAAUGUGAUACGCAAUGAAGACUUUGUUGCUGCUAUUCAGCGUGCUGGAGUGUCAUUUUCAUUCGAUCCACAGGACAGACUAUUCCGUGCCCAUGGUCACACAUUAGAGGAGAUUUUUGCACUUCGAGAAGGCACUUUUGAACGUGUUCCUGAUAUAGUCGUAUGGCCAACUGGCCAUGACAGUGUAGUCAAGAUAGUGGAGUUGGCUUGCAAGCACAAUGUCUGCGUCAUUCCUUUUGGAGGUGGAACAAAUGUGACCAAGUCCGUUCAGUGUCCGGCUGAAGAGAAACGCAUGAUUGUAUCAUUAGACAUGUCACAAAUGAAACGUAUUUUGUGGGUGGAUGAGAAGAACUUAACGGCCCACAUAGAAGCUGGAAUCAUGGGACUGGACCUUGAGAAGGAGCUUGGUAACUAUGGUCUGUGCACAGGCCAUGAGCCAGACUCUAUGGAGUUUAGUUCCCUCGGUGGAUGGGUUGCCACACGGGCAUCUGGAAUGAAGAAGAAUGUCUACGGCAAUAUUGAGGACUUGCUUGUGCAUGUGAAAAUGGUGACACCACAAGGAACCAUUGAAAAGAAUUGCCAGGUUCCAAGAAUGUCCACAGGUCCAGAUAUACAUCAUGUUAUACUGGGGUCAGAGGGCACCCUUGGUGUAGUGACAGAGGUCACGCUCAGAGUGCGCCCUCUUCCGCCAGUCAGACGGUAUGGCUCUGUGGUGUUUCCUGUAUUCCAUCAAGGUGUUGAGUUCAUGCGAGAAGUUGCUAAACAGCGUUGUGCACCAGCAUCCAUACGACUCAUGGACAAUGAACAGUUCAAGUUCGGUCAAGCUCUGAAAGGACCAGCAGCAUCAAUGUGGACUUCACUGAUGGACAGCCUGAAGAAAGUCUAUGUUACUAAGUUAAAGAGGUUUGAUCCUAGCGUAAUGGUGGUUGCUACACUGCUCUUUGAAGGAACGAAAGAGGAUGUUGCUUCUCAAGAGAAGAAAGUCUACACAAUAGCUUCUCAAUUCGGUGGCUUGGCAGGAGGGGAAGACAAUGGACAGAGAGGUUACAAUUUGACCUAUGCUAUCGCUUAUCUUAGAGAUCUGGGUUUGAAUUUCUAUGUAAUAGCAGAAUCAUUUGAGACAACUGUACCAUGGGACAGAGUAAUUGACCUGUGUCGUAAUGUCAAAGAGCGACUUUACACUGAGUGUAAGCGACAUGGCAUCCAGUACAAGCCUGUUGCAACAUGCAGAGUGACUCAGACGUACGACUCUGGAGCCUGUGUUUACUUCUACUUUGCCUACAUGUAUCGUGGCCUUUCUAACCCAAUUGAGGUGUAUGAAGAGAUUGAGGCUGCAGCUAGGGACGAGAUCUUGGGUCUUGGAGGAAGUCUAUCGCAUCACCAUGGAGUUGGUAAGGUGCGGAAACAGUGGAUGCCAAAAGCCAUCUCGCAGCCCGGCUUGGAUACGCUACGAGCAAUCAAGAAGCAUCUCGACCCUCAGAAUAUCUUUGGGAAUGAUUGCCUGCUCUGAAGAAAAAACAACAACAACAACAAAAAAUAAGAUUUGGCCUGACAUAAACGAGUAAACAACACUUUUGAUAUGGUUGGGUUUCGAGUUCGAUGAUGUCCAAUUUUACAAGUGAAAUACUUUUUUGGUUAUUUAUUGAAAUGUUAAAUAAUAUUCGGAACCGAUUUAUAAUAAUUGUCAUGCCUAACUAUUUCAAGACAGAUAGGUGAGAAAAAUUUAUAAUUUUUUUUAUUUUACAUUUUGAGAUUUUAUUGACCUAUAUUUUCAUCAUUUUCUGACAAAAAUUCCUCAAAGGAAUUUGGGAUAUCAGUUGAUGCAGAUUUACAUGUAGAUCAAAUUGGGGUGGGUAGGAGGGGAGAAUAAACGUAAAAUAAAUGCUAGAUUCCAAAAGAAUGCACCAUUUUUUUACCGUGUGAGGGCGUUCUCAAUUUACUGUUAUCACUUCCGGGGGUAUACACGAUUCGGCCUGCACAGUUGUAAUGGGCGUUCUGUCACUUUUGUUGCGCCGUAGUUUAAAUUUUCUUUAAAGGUUGAAUAUCACGGCUCCGUUAAAGGUCUUAUUGUCCAUGGUGGAUAAGAUGUCCAUAGUGGUAAUGUGUUUCAGUCGUUGAUAACUGUGUUGGGUAUGAAUGAAUAUACAUGUACCCCCGGAAGUGAUACAAAUAUAUUUGAGAGUGCCCUCACACGGUCAAAAAUAUGGCACAUUGGAGAAUGACAUUCGAUUUAGUGUAAUUGUGACAUUUUAGAGGUUUUAACCCUCCGACUGAUUGAGCAUUUGAUAUCAUUCAAAAAUCCAUUCAUCGUGCUUACCCUAAUUAGCUUUGUACACAUUCAAUAGCUUUAAACUUUGAUCAGAUGAUCAAAGUGUACACAACCAUUCAUGAUCAGUUUAGUGUGUAAAUGGUUCAGAUUGUGAAGCAGUGGCUGGGUCCCACAAGGAUAUAGGAGGUUUACAUUCUGUAUUGUGGGUUUAUGUACAUGGAAUCCAAAUACAAAAAUCAAGCAUUUGUCUUGAGUUGACCUGUCUGUAAGGCCAGUGGUGUACCUGAGAGAGGGUGGGGUUAGCAAGUUUACCUGGUAAGCAUUUCUUACCAUACGCUAAAUUUAACUAUGAAUGCAAUGAGGAGGCAAAUAUGCAAAUCUUCUUCAGUUUGCCUUGUGAAGUGAGGACUCAUUAUGUCCCAGGAAGACCUACUGUGCUAAGCAUAAAUCUCUGCCAAGUGGUUGGCAAAAUAAUAAUCAAAAUUCAUACCAGUAAUUUUGUCCAAUAGGUUGCGCUAACAUAAAAACUAUCAAAGUGGUUAUCUAUGUUGCAAUAUGCAUUACGAUUAACCUUUUGAGUGUUGCAUUAAAAAUGGGGGGGGGGGUAUCCACAUCUCCCCUGUAGCUAUGCUGCUGAGGCUUCCUGUGUUUCUGAAGGAGUAGGAUUGGGGCAUGCAAGAAACUUUUAUUUAAGAGUGUCUUCCAAGAAGUUGCCAAUCAUGAGUGAUGUUAAUGGACCCUUCCCAUGAAAUUACUAAUUACUUUCACACAUGCUGGCAAACGCCAUAGAGUUGUGCACUAAGUAGACGCCACGCACCCAUUAGCCGUGUACAAAACAACGCGAUAUUC